AUGUUCGACACUCACUCCAAACAGCGCUCAUGGAUGAAGCGCCAAAAGGUUCGGUUGACGCGUCAGUUGCACAGGCUCACCAACGUUCUUUGUCCGUCCCCUUCAAAAAGCAGGCCCUCAAGCCAGAUUCGUGGCUCGCGUCAAUAUCGAAGCCCUUCUCCUUAUCCCUGGCCCAGACUCGCCGCCAAAGAAGUGGAUGAGAUUGAGGGGCAACCUGAAGAGCCAGAGAGCGCUACUGGGUGCGAUGACCUCGACGAACUGUCACUUUCCGCAUCACACGCAAGUAACGCUUCGAGCAUGUGGAGACCUCCCAUUCCGUAUCUCGACAAGACUCGCCAGAGCCGCUCUCCAUCCCUCUCGACCAGUCAGGCUGUCCAAGCCAGACAUGAGGUGAAGUUGAUAACCCCACCUCCUACAGAGGCACAACCACAAUCGGCAAUCAUCGAGCAAGUGCCAUCUGCUGUGGUAAACGACAAGACAUCACUCCUCGCCGACACCAUACCUUUUGAGGUAGACAACAGCAGCAAGUGGGAAAACGUUACGGCUCGUGACACUACCAUGAUCCAGGAUCUCACAUUCUGCUCACUAGACGAGGCGCCUGUCUUGGACCCCACGAGGCCUUUGCGAUAUCUUGGAUGCCCCAACGAAGGGUUGGCUACCAGGACCCCGCCACAGAUACACCCAAGUCCCAGCGGUUAUAUCCUCCCCUGGCUCAUCCUGUGGCUCAUUUGA